GGUUCUAGACUUGGGAGGCGGCGGCCUCUGGCUGCUCGGCCGCGCGCCCCCUCUGCCCGCUGCUCCCAAGGGGCCUCUGCUCUGCAGCCGCCCGUCCCACCCACGCCCCCCCCCCCGACUACAUCCGCUGCGCCCAAAUAGGGGCGAAGAGCCGUCUAGGCUGGAAAGAAAGGGACGCGGGAGCGGCCACGGCAGGGUUAACCUCUGUUUCUGCUCAUCAUGGGAGAGAUUAAAGUCUCUCCAGAUUAUAAUUGGUUUAGAAGUACCGUUCCCCUCAAAAAGAUAAUCGUGGAUGAUGAUGACAGUAAGAUCUGGUCACUCUAUGAUGCUGGCCCCAGAAGCAUCAGGUGUCCUCUCAUCUUUCUUCCUCCCGUCAGUGGAACUGCAGAUGUGUUUUUCCAGCAGAUUUUGGCUUUGACUGGAUGGGGUUACCGGGUUAUAGCUUUGCAGUAUCCAGUUUAUUGGGACCAUCUUGAAUUCUGUGAUGGAUUCAGAAAACUUUUAGACCACUUACAGUUGGAUAAAGUCCAUCUGUUUGGGGCAUCUUUGGGAGGCUUUUUGGCUCAGAAAUUUGCUGAAUACACUCACAAGUCUCCCAGAGUGCACUCUCUGAUCCUGUGCAAUGCCUUCAGUGACACGUCUAUCUUCAACCAAACAUGGACUGCAAACAGCUUCUGGCUGAUGCCAGCGUUUAUGCUCAAGAAAAUAGUUCUGGGGAACUUUUCCUCUGGCCCAGUGGACCCGAUGAUGGCUGAUGCCAUCGAUUUCAUGGUGGACAGGCUGGAGAGUUUGGGUCAAAGUGAACUGGCUUCAAGACUAACUCUCAAUUGUCAAAAUUCCUAUGUGGAACCUCAUAAAAUUCGGGAUAUCCCUGUCACCAUCAUGGAUGUGUUUGACCAGAGUGCACUGUCAAUGGAAGCCAAGGAAGAAAUGUACAAACUGUACCCUAAUGCCCGGAGAGCUCACCUUAAGACAGGAGGCAAUUUCCCCUAUCUGUGCAGGAGUGCAGAGGUCAAUCUUUAUGUGCAGAUACAUUUGCUGCAGUUCCAUGGAACCAAGUACGCUGCCAUCGACCCGUCGGUGGUCAGUGCAGAGGAGCUGGACGUGCAGAAGGGCCAGCUCGACCUCAGCCAGGAGGAGCCAUAGAAGGGCCCAACAGCGAGCCACCCUGCUCCUGCACAAUCAGUUCAGGUCCAUCGGGCACACUGGUUCUCACUCUUCUGGAAGUAGGACUGAUUGUCAAUCUCAUGACAGGCGUCAGCCCUUCUAGGCCAGUGUGACUGUCCCCUCUCCACGUUUAUUUUUGCUUUAAACUUUUGAAUUUGAAGAACUUUUAAAGACUCCCAUUUUAAGAAUUGUGAAAAUUUUGCUACCAAAAGUCUUCUCCACACUGUGUUCAUCUCGAAGGCUUGGGGUCGGUCAUGUGACAUUUUUCUUUUCCUGCUUUGUAAGACUGCUGCACCUCCGGGUUGGAAGAGGAACACGGUCAUUUUUAUGUUUUCUUGAGCAUAACCAGAGUAUCGAGGCUGGCAGCUUGCUGGCCACUCCCUACACAUCAGCUCUUUUAGUUUCCAGUUGAGCACACCAUUUUGAGUAUUAGCUGUUGUAUUUCUAGACAUUACAUUUGGAAUAAAAAUUGAAUUUCAGCCA